AUGUUCACUAGAGAAAUUUACGAUUACGAACAGUUAUAUAGUCUUGAUGUUCUCGGAGUUGAAGACCGUGGUGAAAAUGAUCAAAUGCAAGUGCUUGCUGAGUUUCAAGAGAACAUAACCAGACAAGAAGAUGGCAGAUACCAAGUUAGCAUACCAUGGAUUCCAGGGAGUAAGUUGACAACUACAAACGAACAGCCAAGCAGAAGACGACUGUUCAACGUGAACAAAAAGUUAGCGAAAGAUAAAAACCUGAAGCAAGAAUAUGAGAAGAUUAUCGAUGAUCAACUAGCGAGCGGUGUGAUUGAGAAAGCCCCAGACGAGCCAUCAGGAGAGCGAGUGUACUACAUGCCACAUAAGCCAGUCGUAAGGCAAGACGCAGCGACAACGAAAGUGAGAAUGGUCUUUGAUGCAAGCUCCAAACCCCAUCCACUAGCAUCCAGUAUUAACAAUUGUAUGUUUACUGGGCCUCCCCUCCAACCGUUAUUGUGGGAUAUUAUGGUGAGAGCAAGAAUGUCGUCAAAUCUGCUUCUUGCAGACAUUCAAAAAGCCUUUUUACAGAUAGCAAUCAAAGAAGAAGACAGAGAUGCCUUCAGAUUUCUCUUCGAGCGCGACGAAAAAGAGGAACAUUUUCGGUUCGCCAGAGUUCCAUUCGGGGUUGAAGCCAGCCCAUUCUUACUCGGUGCUACAUUAGAAUACCACUACGACCAGCAAUCACCAGAAUUAGAGGAAACCGUGACUGCCCUUAGAGAAAGUACGUAUGUGGACAAUAUCAUGCAAACGGGAAAUAACAUGGAGAAGUUGGAGAAGUUUAAGAAAGAAAGUGAAGUUGUUCUUGAGAGUGCAAAAUUACCGAUUCACAAGUGGGAGUCGAACAUCGCGACAUUAGAGGAUGAGAACAUGUCAAAUCCUAGCAAAAUUCUUGGUCAUGUUUGGGACAAGCGUGAAGACACUCUAGAAAUACAAGUACCAGCAGUACCUGAGACAGAACCAGUUACGAAACGAAGCAUCUUGAGUCAGCUUGGUAAAGUGUAUGACCCAUUGGGAAUAAUAUCACCCACGAUGGCCGAAGGAAAACACAUUUACAGAGAGGCUUGUGAAGAGAAAAAGGGAUGGAAUGCCGAGGUUUUACCAGAAUUGAAGAUGCAGUGGCACAAAUGGAACAAACAACUAAAGAACGUGAAAGUACCGAGGAGCUUAACAGGAAAAUCGAAGGAAACGAAGGCUAUCGAGCUCCAUGUGUUUGCCGACGCAAGCAAUCUCGCAUGUUCUGCAGUAACCAUAGCACUAGUUGAACAUUCAUCUCGAACGAUCAAAGGGUUGCUGACAUCGAAGUCCCGGAUUUCAAAAAGAAACACUUCCAAACCCAGAUUGGAACUCGUAGGAGCUCACAUGGCUGCGAACAUGGCGAAGAAUUUACGUAACGCUCUUCACCGGCAACCAAUCAAGACCAUUGUGAUCUGGUUAGAUAGCAUGGUAGUGCUUUACUGGUUGACCAAUCCAGGGAAACUAUGGAAGACGUUUGUCUCCAAUCGAAUCAAGAAGAUAGCUGAGAUAACUAACGAGCUUGGUAUCAUUUGGAAAUAUUGUCCGUCAAAUAAGAAUCUUGCUGAUCUAGGGAGCAGAGGAGCAACCAUGGAAAAAUUGCAAAACGGAAGCUGGUUUAACGGUCCAGAUUGGUUAUUAGAGAAAGAACAAUGGCCAGAGCAACCCAAUUUGAAAGUAACUACAUCUGUCAGUCAAGAAUGAAACCAAUUAAAGAGCAAGCACUGUUUACGAAAGAUCGAGAGCCAGACGAAUGGGACGCUUUGUUAGAAAGAAAUACAUACUGGCGUACAUUGCGAGUAACAUCAUGGGCAUUAAGAUUUCUAAACAACUGUUUGGCAAGAGUUCGUCGAAACCAAAAGCGAUCGGGGCCUCUUGUAAGCGAAGAAAUUACAGUUGGAAGAAACGCUUGGGUAAGGAGAGUACAACAAGGUGUCAACCCUGAAUUACAAGCGCCAGGUUGGAGAAUCGUCGAAGACGAAGUAACGAAAGUUCUCAAGUGUAAAGGAAGAGUAAGUGGAUACGAGCCAAUAUACCUUGAAAAGCUAAUAGCCCACACCCACAGCAAGAUCAAACAUUUCGGUGUCGCAAAUACCAUGGCUGCUUUGAGAGAACAGUGGUGGAUACCACAACUUAGAUCAAAGGUGAAAAAAUUAAUCAACAAUUGCAAUAUCUGCAAGUUGUAUUCCACGAAGCCGUAUGGGUCACCGUUGACGAGCAACAUGCCCAGCUUUAGAACAGAAGCUAGCGAACCAUUCGAAGUCACCGGUGUCGAUUACGCUGGGCCGUUAAGACACAAAAUCAGUAAGAGAGAAGAGGGAAAGUGCUACGUAUUAAUCUUCACGUGUGCAGCAUCUCGAGCGAUCCACCUGGAACUAACCAAGAGCCAAGAAGCAGAGGAAUUCCAACGAAAGCUCAACUCAUUCAUCGCUCGAAGAGGAAGACCUCGAUUAAUGAUAUCGGACAACGCAGCUGCGACAUUUAAAACGACAGCCAAACUAAUCAAAGCCAUUAGAAAGAGUGAGAAAUUGCACGAUUUCCUAGCAGCACAAGGUAUACACUGGAGAUUCAACCUUGCUAAGUCCCCUUGGUGAGGAGGGAUUUAUGAAAAAUUGAUUCGGGAAGUAAAGAAAACCCUUUAUAAGACCCUCGGAAGAUCGCACCUUUCAUUCGAGAAUUUGGAAAUGGUCCUCAUGGACAUUGAAAUUAAUAUGAACAAUCGUCCAUUAACCAUGUCGAAAGCGAAAGUGGAGAGGAAGAAGUACUAACGCCAAACGUUCUCAUCCGAGGGAGAAACACUUACCUUCUUGAUGACAUAGAGAAUGACGUAGACGAGCUUACGAAGAUGCAAAAGAGAAUCGCCAAAGCAAAGAACAACGCUUGGAAAAGAUGGCAACGAGAAUACGUACACAGUUUAAAGGAAAGCCAACGAGUAAACGGAAAGCCAGUUAACGCGCCUGAAGUCGGUGAAGUAGUUUUAGUCGUGGGAGAAGAAAAGAACAGGAGCGAAUGGAAGAAGGGAAAGGUAGUGCGACAAGUCAAAGGUAAGGACGGAGUGGUGCGUGGUGUGGUACUUUUACACAAGGGACACACUAUCGAAAGACCGUUACAGUUGGUGUGUCCACUCGAAAUUCGAUGCACAACGCAAAUAGAACAAAGAAAGAACGAAGAAAAGCAGACGGUUGAAAAUGAAAGGAAGAAACGGGGAGCAGCAAUUGAAGCAAGUAAGAAAAUACGCGAGCUAGCAGAAAACGAGGAUGCAGACUAAGCAGGGAACAGUAAAUGAGAACAGUUCACAUUGUGUUGACUUAUAAAAAUUAAGACUGAAUUUUUAGGGGAGUAGUGAACUGAAAUUAGUAUAGGCCACAUUAGGUGGCAUGACAAGGGGCGGGGACUUUUAUAAACAAGAUUGACAUUUUGAAGUAAGAGCAAUUAGUUGAUAGACAGAAUAAUAUAAAAACAACAUUGGGACUGUGAGACAUAUCGUGAUUCGUGAGACUGUGAGAAAUUUAAUAUAUUUUAGGUUUAAGUUUUGUAAGUUUUAUUUUGGAUUUUUGAUUAAAUAAUAGUAUACUACGUGAGUAAUGAGUUCGGUAUAAGUUUUCGGAUUUGAACUCAGCGUGUUCGAAAGUGUUAGUUCCCAUAAAAAUAUUUCAGUUCCAAGACUUAAUGAAAGUGAACGAUAACGAAACGCAGCAAACGGCCUAAAAGGCUUGAAAAAACUUGUUGAGAAAAAAUUUCUUCAGGUCUAGCUGUUUCGAAGAGUUUCUUUUUUUAAAGAAAAAUCAAAACAUUUUUUGAAUUUGUUACAAAACAAUCCCAAACAUUCUUGCUUCUCAUCACUGAAACGAUUUCUUAAGAAUGUUUUUCUGCAAGACGGGCUAUUGUUCUUGACACGUUAUAACCAGUUUUAAAUUUGCCCAACCUAUAGGGGUCAAGAAUCCCCAGUAUUGACUAACGUGGAAAUGUUUGAUUGGUUGUACUAAACGUAAGGUAAUUUGUAAAAUGCCGAGGUUAACUUCCUGUUGUUAUUAUGUUUUUAGAGGCAGUCAUUGGAUUCUCACCUUCAAACUACGUUUUUCAAGAAUCUUCACAAUAUGCUAAUUUGUCAGUCGUGCUGUUCACAACCGCUCCCCUUCAACGAAAUGUUGGAUUCAGGUUUUUUGUUAAUUUGUUUUGAUUUUUUCUAAACGCUCGUUAUGAUAUCGAAAGCCUUAAGCUACUUUCUAAACACUCGUUAUAAUAUCGAAAGCUUUAUGCUACAUAUAUAUAAUAUCGAAAGCCUUAUGCUACUAUAUAUCGUCGAAAGCCUUAUGCUACUUUGACCACUGUGCACAUCUGAUUACUAUAUAUACCUCUAUAUAACUUUUACUCUUUUAUUACAUAUACAUUUACCAUUUAUAUAAUACUUGUACAUAGAUAUAUGUGUGCUAAAUUAAAUUCUUCUAUCAUAAACAAACGACCUUUUUAAUUAAUGCCCCAAUUGUUUGUCCGUCCAAUAUUAUGUAUAGCUAAUGAAAUUUUAUGGUGUCUUUGUUUUCAAGCACUGGUGCCAAAAUUAUUUCAAGUUUUAAAGUGUUGAUCUUAUUAAUGUGCAGUGGGCUUCUCGAUUUGAUGAUAUUGAUAUCUAUAGUCAAAUUGAGUCAGAAAUUUUUGUUUUUAUUAAAAAAACAACUCAUGCAAUUCAGUCGUUGUGUACAUUUAUAAAUAGACUGAUGUUAUUUCUGAGUAUAUUGAUUCUUGAAUUCUCAAUCGAUUGUACUCAUGAGGAGUUGUCUAGAGUUGUAAACUAAGGUCUGCUAAUGUUGUCAUGCAUAGCCCUCAUAAAUAACUCACGGCAAUUUUUGUUUCUUAUUAAUUAAGCUAUUCAACAAUAAACUAUACAGCAAAAUCCUCAGUAGACUAUGACGAGAUUACCGGUGGACAACUUCAUGAUCCGUUUAAUAUCGGUGAUGGAAACGGGACCGUUCGUUGGAUCUCCAUUGGAAUAAUUGAUGACGACAUUUUUGAAAACCUGGAAACCUUCCAAGUACGAUUGACUUCCACCACGGGUGAUAUUAUCUCUUCCAAAACUGCUAAUAUCACUAUAAAUGACAACGACGGUACGUGAAGAAAGUUUAAUACCAAUAUCAUUUUUGAAGGCUGUAUAAAUUUCUUUUCCUUUUUUCAUUUUAACAUUUUGACGUCCUUUUGCUCAUUCAGGUAACUUCUUACGCUGAUUAAUAGAAUCCUUGAAACAAAGUCAACGUUAAAUUAAUAUCUUAAAUCAAAACCUUGCGUUUAAUUAAAACAUCUUUUAAAGAAUUCAGACAAUUUUUUCUUAUAUAGUCCCAUCUAUUCGCUUGGUUGAGACAACACAGGAAGUGGUUGAAGGUGAUGUUCAAAUCUCAGUCCGAGCAAUUCUGCUUGGGAAUAUCGAUAGAGAAGUUACUGCCAGGUAACUGUCGUUUCACUUACUCGCCUUGCAAGAAUCCAAUAUAAUACACAAUAUUAUAAGUAUAUAGUAUGUGAGAAAAUUCCGAUGCGCCGUUUGUUCAUAAGCCGAUUAACUUAACCCUAGGUUAACCUAAAAUUUAAAGCAAACUUCCCAACAACUUCGUUAUAAACUUCCGAAAUCUUGUCUGGACCAAUAAGAGUUUCUUCUGUGAAGUUUUAAAACAGAUGGAUGUACAGAAAUACAUAAACUAAAACAGUAGGUUAAAUUUUAACCCAGGAUUAGUGCUAAUCCAGGUUUGAACAACCGGACCCUGUUGAAUAUCUCCUUAAUCUCCAACGCAAUUUGGAAAACUACUGUAAAGUACUUGCAAAUUAAGCAUGCUCCUUUUCACUUUAUUUCUAGGCUUACAUCAUCUGAUGUAACUGCAACUGCGAAUUCUGAUUAUCAACCGAUUAAUCAAGACAUUACGUUUGCUGUCGGAGAUGCAUUUGAAGAAGUUGUAAUUACCAUCAAUGAGGAUACUUUGGUUGAAGGAACUGAGUCGUUUGAAGUGACAUUAUCCAGUAAUGAUGCAGACGUCGUAGCUCCAACGCUUACUUUUAACAUCACUGAUAAUGAUGGUGAGUUGAAGUAGUUCAUUUUGUAUGGUUUUAUGUAUUUUCCCCAUGGUAUAUAUUAAAUUCAGUGUUGGUGUUCUUGCAUGGUGUCGAUGUUUUGUUGUGGUGUAAACAAUUUUGUUCUAGUUGGUGUUGGUGUUGUUGUUGGUGAUGCUGGUGGUAGUGUUGUUUGUGGUGAUGCUGGUGGUGUUCAUUGUUAUGGCGGUUGAGUUGUUGGUGAUGAUUGUGGUGUUGAUUAUGAUGGUGGCGUUGGUGGUGAUGAUGAUAAAAUAGUGUUUUUAAUGAUGAUGGUGGUGGAGUUGGUGCAUGAUAAUAACGUGGUGUCGUUGGUGCUGCUGCCGCCAACGUUGUUGUUGAUGAUGGUUGCGGUGUUGAUGGUCGUAUUGGCUAUGAUGAUGGUUGUGGUGUGAUGGUGUUGUUGGUGCAAGUGCUAUAAUUGAAUUAUGGUUGUAUUUAUGUUAGAGUUAGUGUAAUUGAUCGUGUUCGUGUUAUAAAUAUUUAGGAAGAUGUAGGAUGUAAUUAGCCUUUCUCGCGAUGACGAAUAUCCGCCAUUUUUGGUGACAUCUAAUUCUGAUGCAGACAAUUAAAACAACGUGAAAAGCAAUUUUUCAAAACAAACUAACCAUUUACAAAGCAAAUUUACCAUCAUUCGUCCAAAAACUUAUAAAACGUCGCUGUUAUGUGGACUUAUUUCGCAGACUUCGGCUGAAAAUCCACCCAAAAAUGGCCUUGUGAGAAAGGCUAAUUCAGGUGUUUAUGUUGAGAGUUAGUGCUCAUGUUGGUGAUAGUGUUUUUGUUCGAAAAUUUAAAAACUUACAAUCCCGGAAAGUGCAUUUUCAGCUAUUUCCCAAUUUUGUUUACUUAAUUCUAUGAUAUGCAAGUCGCGUGAUCUGAAAUGUCUAUUUUAUUCUUGUGACGAAAAAAGUAAAAUUUAUGAUAUUAUCACUAUAUAGCUAAUUUGUGCUCUACACAUAUGGUCAGGAGAUAGAUUCCAUUAGAAUUAGCAUUAUCCUCUCCCUUUUUCCCGAAUACAAUUCUUACCCGGCAUGGUCUCUUGCCACACAGGAAUUGAUCAGAAGUCUCCGAGCUAGGAAACAGACUAUGGUUCAGGUGUUUUUUAACGCCCAUCCCCAUGUGCGUAAGCUGAGUGUGACUGUUUAGACAUGGUGGCUAUAGUACUGGAUUUCAAUUUCAAGAGCAGAACGACUGUAACUUGACUCUACAGGUAAACCAAGAGGGGUUGCCAGUUGAGUUGCCGACGGCCCAACAUAAGCAGGUGGUAUUGGUUUACAUGGUUAUCAGUAGCAGGUUGACCAUGGCCUGUCGACCUCGGGUAAUCUAAGUAUUACAAUGUUUUGAUAAUUUUCGUUCCACUCUCUGAAUAUAUUAAUUCUAGGUUCUAGUGUUUCUAACGAACGUUUCUCUAUAUACUCAUUGUUUUAGACGCGUUGAUAUCUCUUGGGCAAAGCAAUUAUCAAGGCAAUGAGGAUUCGUCAGUGGUUGAAGUUUCUAUCAAUCUCGUUGGUACGUUGGAGACAACGGUACAAGCAAUGUGAGUUUACAUUUAUAGUUUUGGUUGGUAACAUGUACACGGUAUAUGCCCCCAUGAAGGCACUACUCUUUGCGCUCUGCACAACGGAUCCAUUCCCGUCCGUACCGAUGUAUUAUAAACGAUGCUUACUUUAACAUUUUACCCAUUUUGCUCGUCAAGCGAUACCAUACCUAAGUUUAUGAAAUCUUUAUCACUGUUUUCGUGAGUUCUACUAAUUCAGCAUUUAUCACAACAAAUGAUAUCACUGCCGCACGUUUUUAGUUUUUUUACUGUCCAUCACUGCACAAAUGGGUUAUCACUGCAUACUAAACUACAAAGGUAUAAGCGAUACUCAACUUACCUGAUACAGUUCAAGACACUGCUUAUAUAUACAGCUAAUUUAAUUAAGGUUGUGCUUCCGAAAAACGUAAACCUUAAACUCUGGGGGCGCUAGGGUGGGUAAUUGCUUAUUUAGACUCGUAAACUUUGAAAUUUGGCUUUGCAAGAAUACCUAUAUGACAUAUAGAAGACUCACGACAGAAACAUACUUGCUGUAAAGGCAAUUUUCUGAGUUUAAGGGCCUAAUAGGUGAAAACCCAUCAUCUUUUGUGUGCUCAGAGUUUAACGUUUAAGGUUUUGGAAGGACAAUCUUAAUUGAAUCAGCUGUAUAAUUAACGAUGAAAAAUUAGCAUGCAUAAGAUGCUUAAAUUAAUGAUAAGGUUAUGACGAAGUUAUCCUAAUCACUUGGAAAUAGAUUUCCUUAUCGACUUUGUUUUUUCUUCUUUUUGCUAUAUUCACUAAAAAGCAGCCACGUACGUAAAAAACUCCAAAGGAAAACUUGCUAUAUAUUUAUUUUUAUAGUUUGGUUCUUUCACCACAAACAGCUGUUUUGGGAGACUACGCCGAAUUAGAUGAGCCACUCGUAACUUUCGAUUCGGGUUUAUCGACCACACAAUGGCGCAAUAUAACAAUUAUUGACGACGACGUUGUCGAGAAUUUAGAAUCCUUCAGCAUUAAUCUGAAAGCUGUUAGCAAAAAUGUGCAGAUAAAACCUAAUUCAAGUGCGAUAAUCUCCAUAACUGACAAUGAUGGUAAGUAGAGAAAUAUGUACAGAGUAAAGGCUUGGAAAAACAUUUUGCGGCCAAGCAUUUCCUACAGACAUGUUUCCAAAGAGUGGGUAAACCAGAAUUAUUUUUGCAAGAAAAAUACCACUUCACAUAUUUUUAAUUCGUUAGAAGUCAAUCCGAAACAUCUCUCUUCCGAAAUUUUUUAAAUGUUUCCCCCAACAAAAUUUCGUUUUCGAAGGGCCUAAAAACAGACGUAUAUUUAGUGUUUAAAUAAAUGAAUUCUUAAGAAUGUUGUUGUGCAGGUGGUAGUGCGGCUGUUCAUAAAACGUUGGCGCAGUUUUAAAUGUGUCCAACCUGCACCCAUCCCUCACAACUAUUUUGAUAUCUGACGCUGUGAAAGACGUUUGACUAUAGGUUAUAUAUGUACCAGCUAGUGUAAAGUGUGAACAAUAUAAUUAUACACGGUUAAUUUAGCUAAUCGUUGCAAAACACAGGCAAACAAUGUUCUGUUCCCUAACUGUAAACAUGCAUUUCCUACCUUACAAGCUUUUCAUAUUUUUAUCCUCUAUCUAAAUUCUUUCCCCCUCCUCCCGUAAUUAAACAAUGUUAAGAAAAAAUUUGAACUACAUGACCAUCUGCCUUUAUAGCCAUACUUACAACAUAUUGUUUUGGGGGCAGGUAUAGAAUUGCACUGUUAUCUCAAUAAUUUUUACGCGUGACCUUAUAGGCCCGAUCCAAUAGAGUACCUGCUCGCUGGAGCAACUUUAUAACCUGUACAAAAAACUAACACGUUAGCCGCCUAAGAUAUUGUCGUUGUUGAUUUUCAAUAUAUAGUUGAUAACGAAUGCUUACAAGAUCGAUGUCACGCAAAUGCCACUUGUGAAAACAGAGAUGAUGCAGGCUUUAGUUGUUACUGCAAAGAUGGUUUUACUGGGAAUGGACAGUUAUGCAAUGGUACUGUAAUAUAACAGGAUGAAAGUAGACAUAGUAUACUAUAUACAAGUGCGUUGCCUUGGAACAUGUGAAAAACAGCAUGUUGGCGGCUUAAACAAAGCAUCAAAUCAUAACAGACGCAAACGACGGCGUUUGCAGCGUCCAUGCUUCCUGUAUUUCAUGCGCUUGCAUGCCAGACUGGUCAUUGGAGAUGGAUUAUUUUGUCCUGGUUUCAAUUGUAUUUAUAUUCAGUCAUUUGGUCAAUCUGGUCAAAUAAACAAAUUACAUAUAAUUUUAAAAAUCUUAAUCAAACUAUUAUCAAACUGCCUUUGGAACAUCGUUUCGAUUUUUCUUCAAUUCAAUUGUAUGCGAUUCUGAUUGACAGCAUGUUGCUGAUAUUAAUUGGCAUAAUUAAUUUAUUAAUUAACCGUAUUAUUAAUUAUGUUUUUGAUGUUACUCUUUCGUUAGUUAGCCUGACCACGGUGGGAAUAUAACCCGCGACCUUUGGGAUACCAGUUCACUGCUCUGCCAACUGAGCUACGAGGCCAGGUCUGUUCGAGUGUGUUGUAUUUCCGAACUAAGUCUAGUACCUUCGAUACCAAUGUGUUCUAUGAUGUAGACUUUGUUUCCGAAAUAUCACAUACGUACUCGAACCGACCUGACCGCGUAUAGCUCAGUUGGCAGAGCAUUGAACUAGUAUCCCAAAGAUCGUGGGUUCGAUUCCCACCGUGGUCAGGCUAACUUUUUCAGCCUGCCCGGUGUGGAUAUACUCAGAGUAACAUUAAAAACAUUAUAUUCACCUGAGUACAUUACAUCACAACACACUAAAAAACUAUUAUUAUUAAUUAGUUCAUUAAUUCGGCUGUAUUUAUCAGCCACCCAUGAUUAAUUUAUCUAUUAAAGAAUAAUAAUAUAAAUAUUUAUAAAUUCUUCUUUAGACAUCAUUGAAUGCGAGCAGAGUCCGUUCCCGUGCGCUAUUGGUCGUGCUACUUGUGAAAAUCAAAUUGGCUCUUACACGUGUACUUGCAACAUUGGAUACACUGGAAACGGAUUGGUUUGUAACAGUAAGUAGCGGAAAAGUUUGUUAUGCUUAUUUAUACUUACAAAUACUAUUUAUAAAUUAUGAAUCAAAUUCGAAAGAGAUGAAUAUUUAUUUACAUUGCUUCCACAAAAACAUACAAAUAGGAGAGAACUUUUUGAGAUAAAAAAAAUACAAGAGGUUUACGCUGACGUACAACGUCCAUUUAAUCGGCAUUAUAUGUAAUCUGAUAAAUAUUUCGCCCUGACUUGCGUAAACUUUAUAGCGUCGAUUUUCUCGACUGAAACGAAGCUUAGCGCCAAAAUGGUAGCGUAUUUGUAUUUUAAGUAACAGUACAUUAAGCAUUCGCGUCCGAUCUGUAACCAAUUGCAUAUUUUAUUGAAUAGGCUAUCGAAUUGAUCUCCCUGAUUUUUCGUACAGGGCCGUGGGAAGCUCUUUUUGAUGGGGGGGAGGGCUAUGGGGUAUGGGGAGGCUGAAAGCGAGGGCCGAAGGGCCGAGGAAAUUUUAAAAUUUAGAGUCUCUGAAAUGCCAUUUCCUGGACUUUGGGGAAGAUUUGACAGAAUUCUGAUGGUCAGAAAACAGCGUUUUUGUCCACCAAAACGUCCAGCUCACUUGAUAUGUUUCGCUUAUCGUUGUCCCCAAUACGAUGUUACUUCGUGGAUGAACAGGUUUGAACACCAAAUAUCUACUGCAUAUCUUGAAGGUUGCCAACUUUCAAUACUGGGUGAUUUUAACAUUGACCUGUUGGUUGACAAUACCUCUACAAAGUCAUGGCUCAAGCUCGCUGAGAACCUCCAACUACACCAGCAUAUUAAUGAACCCACAAGAGUGUCUUUAAAUUCAGCUACCUUAGUUGAUCAUGUUUUCACAUCGUUGAGCACGAAAGUAAGAGCUGUUAAGGUUCCUAAAAUAGGCCUUAGUGAUCAUUACCCAACGUGCGUUGUGUUUAAAGAUGGUUUCGGUACGAAACAUUGUCAUACUAGGAUCAAAUAUCGGUCAUUCAAAAAUUUUGAUGAAAAACAAUUUCUAGAAGACCGAAGUCAAUGCAAAUGGAGCUCAUUAAACGAAGAAAAUGAAAUUGACACUAAUCUUGCCAUUUGGUUCAACCUUUUCGUUGGAAUCAUUGAUAAACAUUUACUUGUAAAAACAAAACGAGUAAAACGAAUGAAGCAACCUGACUGGAUAACGCAGGACAUUUUACAUUGUAUACGUGAGAGAGACCAUCACAAAUCAGUUGGGAAUUUUACAGAAUACAAGAACCUGCGUAACAAGUGUGUUUCCUUAGUACGUGAAGACCCGAAGAAGAAGAAGAAGUCUUGCAUAAAAAAUAGUAAUGGCGAUUCCACAAAACUUUGGAAACAUAUUCACGAGCUCGUACCAGGUGAUUCGAAAUCAGCACCAACAGCAAUAAAAGACAGUCAUCCUAGCCUGCGAACAGGCUCACUGGGAGAAAGGUGAGCCUGCACGGAACCAUGCGUUUUAUUCAAUCAUCCCCUUUUCGCAUCUGCUAAACGCUAACCAAUCAGCGUCGACUGCGAUAAAUAAACUGUCAACUGUCAAAUUGACGCAAGGCGUGUACAUUGUGCAACAUGAACAAUAAUACAAAGCAUUAGCGGGCCGCACAAAAUAUUACUCGUAAAAAUAUAGAAUUCUUCAAAUAUUAAAUAGAUAUCAAUACACAUACAAAUAUAAAGCCGAAUAAACUACCAUUGGCUUUGAAUGUACAGUAAUACUUGUACUAUGUGCGACUGAAAGAACAAUGUUCUGAAUAUUUUGAAGCUAUUACUAUUAAAAAUACGGUCAGAUAGAUUGGGAUUUGGAAUACCGAAUACGUUUAAAAUUUUACUAACUGUGGUCUAAAUAAAUGAUAAAUGAGCAUGUAUUUAUGAAUUUCUUUGAAAUCACGAGUGUGCCAAUAGUGGAAGCCGUAUCGACGACGAAAUUGUCAGCAGUUAAUAUACAGUAAAUAGUACAACGUUUAAUGUACGAUAUAUAUUUAUCUAAAUAACAUGCCAGCGAGGAUCAACAAUUUAAUUAUUGGUACAUAUUUGGGUAUCUUUUGUAUGCCUUCGCUUGCUGACUUGCUCACUAAUGAGAAUAAUCCGUGAAGCCACGACGACCUCAAAAUGUACUAUACUAUAGUCUGAUGUCAAUCCGAAGACGAAGUUCAGAAUACUGUUAUAGUUUCGUAUAUUGGAUUUAAGCGAUAGAUUCAAGUCAUUUAUGAUAGACUUUUUUGCUGUGAUGCUUUGCUAUUGCUUUUGGUUUCCAUUUCUAGUUUUAUUUGUUCGAUAGUCUUAUAAUAUAUAAUAUUAAAAUAAAUAAAGUUCAAAUUCUUCAAAAUGCUGUUGUUGACAUUUGCUAUUUUUAGUAAUUUUGUCAACGAGUGUAAGCCAAUCAGAAGCCUGCGUUUCUAUACGAACGCCACUACCAAGAAAACCUAUAGUUCCGUGCAGGCCCUCAAUUCUUCGCGCCGCCCGCAACCCAGGGCCUGUUCGCAGGCUACAGUCAUCCCCGAGCCGACGGCGCGAAGCGCCGUUCGAGGGUACUAAUUCCCCCCGGCUAUUUACACCCGGGGAAACGAAAGCAUUAGCGAAGUCUAAAGUUCAUGAAUGAGCGCGGCGUGGCUCACCAACGGUGUUUCGGUGGGUGGUCAUCCUCACUGAUCUCAAAAAUAUGGCGGACUGUCAUGAAUAGUGGACACUGAUUGGUCCAAUUUAAAGUUUGCAUUAUAGCGACUGUAUGACGACAGCGAAAUAGCAAACAUUUCUUGAUUUGAUGAUUGAUAAAUUUCUUGCAAAUAUAUUUCAUUUUUGCUCGCAUUUUUGCAAGAUUUUGUAAAUUUCAAAAGCUUCUCAGAAAGUAAGGGCGAAAGAAUCGGCUAAAAGAAGGAGCCGACGUUAACGAAGGUAAGUUUGUUUUAAAUAUUGAUUUUAAUUGCUUUAAAACCCGACGACCUUUGCGUAUAUGAAACAACUAUAAAACAAGACAGCAUAUAAUUUCAGUGUAUAUCUUUAAUAUUGAUUCCCUUUUUUAUUUAUAUUGAAUUUUUUAAAUAAAAAAGAAAGCAAAGUUAUUUGCAUGCUAGAAUUUGAAAUCAUUUUAUAGCAAACACAAAGUUUAUCGAUAAAGCCAUUUAAUUAAAGGCAGUUUAGUUUUAUAUUAAAGAACACUUUAAAACGUUUUGCGAAGCGUUUGUGGUUGAAUUUUACGUUAAGUUGAAGCUUAUAUUACGUAUAAUAACAUACCUAACAUAUAAAUGUUGGGAAAUUGAUAAUUUUGCAAUUAAAAGUGAUAUUUUUAGGCAAUUUUUCAUUUGUAAGAAUAUUCUUAAAAAGUUAUCGUGUUACCAUGACAACUACUUUAGAUACUUCAUGUUCGGAAAAUGCAAUGGUUUUGUCAGCAAGGCGAGGGUUUCUGCAUGCAUGUAUUUCCUAGUUUAACAAAUAUUUUUCUACCGUAGUUCAACAAUACCUACCAAUUAACAAAUUAGGAACAAUACGUCAUCACUAGCUCCUAUAUCAUUUGGUGUACCGCAAGGAAGUAUCCUAGGAACUCUUCUAUUUAUUUUGUUCGUUAACGACCUCCCUUUGCAUAGUAACCAGAACCUAGAUCUUUAUACCGAUGAUUCCACCUUACACUCCUCCGGUAAUUCUAUCAAGUAACUGAAUAACACGCUCUCAUCAGCCAUGCAAGACAUUGAGCAAUGGAGAAUACAUCCAAGCGGAUGGUGGUUAAUUGCAAGAAGACUAAACCAAUGGUGAUUUGCACGUUCCAAAAGUCGGCAUAUGAAUUCUGUACCAAACACAAAAACACCCUCCUUGAGAAUGUUAAGCCUGAAAAGUUGUUGGGUGUGAAAAUUGACAAUCAUCUAUCUUAGAAAGCUCAUAUCGAUGAUUUGGCUUCAAGUCUUUGCAAACUUAUUGCACUCUUCCGCCGAAUAAAGAUUUAUCUACCACUUCAAACAAGGAUUCUUUUCUAUACAACUUUCUUUCAAUCAAGGGUUGAUUACUGCUGCACUGUUUGGGGACAAUCGCCACACACAUCAAGAAUAUACAAACUACAAAAUCUUAUAUUAAGACUAAUUUAUGAUAAAUCUAAACUUUCUCCUUCCAAACCGCUUUUCGAACAAUCAAACAUCUUACCUAUAAAGUAUAGAGUUAUGUAUAGGAUAGUUUGCUUGGUGUAUAAAUCACUAAAUAGCAUGACUCCUGACUAUUUUAUGUAUGUAAUGUGAAUGUGAAUUGUCCUGUACAGAUAUUUAGUUAGUUUUAGAGGUCCAGUGGAAGAUUAGCUUUUGCUAAACUGGCAUAUUUCUUGUAAAUUAACCUUCUUUAAAGAAAAUUUAAUAAUAAUAAUAACACUCGAAUAAUUUUACUACUAAAUGGGCGAAGGCGUAUUUAAUAAAGUAUAUAUAUUGGAUAAGUUGCAGGAAAGUAUGGGUAAUAUCUUCAUUCUUUGCAGUUUGUCAUGCAUGAUAAUGUAGCCGCAUAAAAUUAAUAAAGUUUAAUAUUGAUAAAGGUCUGCAUGAUUUUGAAAAAAGAUUUAUUAUUAGGCAAAUUAUUGAAGGGCGAAAGGCAAGCAUAAUACUUUAAUUAAUAGUUUGAUAUUUAUAUUUUUAUCGAAUAACACAGUUGGAACAGAUUUUUAAAUCUCACAUCCAUGCAGAAAUUUUGUAGUCUUGCAUGGUUUAUAUUUCAUGUGUUUGAAUCGGAGGAUUUCGACUUCUUUAAUUGUUUAGAUGUUGAUGAAUGUCUCCAAAGUUCUUGUAGCACUAACGCAACAUGUCAGGACACGAUUGGCUCUUUCCUAUGUGAUUGUAGCGCUGGAUUCUUCGGUGAUGGACUUUUUUGUGCAGGUAUAUAUAUUAUAUAGACGGACGGCCAAAACCUGAAAAUGUGCAACAAUAUUUGUUUGAUGGCAUUUUCUGUUACAAGCUGCCAACUGACAUUUUCAUGGAGUAUAUGCAUUAAUGAAGAAGACUGUUGAUUGACUGUUGAACAAUAUAUGUUGACAUCUCUGAUUUUGGCUUUAUGGAAGAAAAUUUUAAAAUCUUAAAAUUUGGCAUAGGCCCUAUGAUAAAAAAUGCAUCAUUUUAAGUUGACUUCACUUUUAACAAAAAUAAACUAUACCAUCAGAAAUUUCGCAAAAACGUAUAUGUAAGACCUUUAAUAAAGCGAGUAGUAUGAUUUUCGUAUCCGAUUUUGAGCUUUUAAAAUGAAGAAAAUGCGUUAAUUGAUGCUAAUAAAUAUAAUAUUAGUCACAAUACUAUUUUGCCAACUUUAAUAAUAAUCCUUUAACUCAAAAUCGACUUGGAAAUUCAAUACACUACUCGUUUUAAUUAAUUGUCUUAUAUAUUAAUAUACAUUUUUUUGAUAUUUCUAAUGGUAUGGUUUAUUUAUGUGAAAAGGUUUGCAUUUUAGUCAAUAUGGUUAUUUAUUAUACUUUAUUAGGCAAAAUUUUAAAAUUCUCAAAUUUUAAGCCAGUUGGCAGCUUGUAACAAAAAAUGCAUCAGAGUAUACCUUUGAGAAUGUUGGCCGGUCAUUUAAAGGGGCAAUGUCACCGAUUUUUGACCAAAAAUGCCUUUUACUCAACAACUGAACUACUAAAGUUAAAAAUAAACAUUGUAAAUGGAUUAAGUUAUGAUAUAUGAGUCAUAUUAAACAACUUUGAAAUUCCACGCAACAUGCAACAUGACAUUUUCAUAAAAAUUGACUAAAACUUGAAAAAGUGUCUGCCAACAAUUAAUCAAGAUCGAUGCCAUUUACAAUCCAUCUCAAUCCUGGCGUAAUCUUGCCCAUCCAGACUUCUGUACAUGUUUUUUGUGUCUGUUAUUGCUUUAUUUUGUGCUUACACUCAUUCUUUUUCAGUUUUGGGCAAAAUUUGCGAGAAUUAGUAUUGCUCAAAAAUCGGUGACAUUGCCCCUUUAAUAGUGUUUUAACUUUAGAUAGAUCUGAUUGACAUGCACCGCGCUUUUAAACCUGCACUCAUUUUCUAUUAUCUUUGCCAUCAAGAUCUUAUUAUUUAUGUUUUGUAUGAUAUUAUAUUCAGAUAUUGAUGAAUGUAAACAAACAAGUCCGUGUCAUUCACAAGCCACGUGCGAGAACAAUAUAGGAUCGUUCAGAUGUACCUGUAACCAAGGUUAUACCGGGGAUGGUCAAAACUGUUCUGGUAGGUUCCAUUGUAGCCAUUAAUUUAUACAAUAUAAUUGAAAAUAGUUUUAUGCCUCAGGUUGAAUUAAUAAAUUAAUAUAAUAUUAUGACUAUAUAUGUGGAAAUUGAUGCAUUGCCUGGUCUCUGUUUACUGCAUGGGCAACAACAAAUUUGGUAUAAAUUUUGGUAUAGCAAACGCGUUUUCACAAUCUCUGAUUGGUUAUACAGUAUAUCUGGGCGGUGAAUCUGCAUAACAUUAUAUUAACCGACGGAGUCAGCAAUACUGUUGCGGAAAAAAAUUAUUGAAAAACAUUUCAUGAAAACUGCUAAAGAUAAUCUACAAUUGGGUGUUCAGUAGUUUGAGUCUUUCAAAAAUAAUUAUUAUUCUGUGUAAUUAUAGAGUAUUUUGUUUUAAGGUGCAAAAACUGCGGCUCGAAACUUUGCGAUGUUUACUGAAAAAUUAUCAAAUAUAUUUUAAAAACGCAUUAAUAAUUCAUGAAGAAAACACAAAAGAAAUGAAUGUUUAAUCAAUGUUUGUAGGCCUAAAUCGGAUAAAGAUUUGUCCUGAUUUACAUAAACUUCAGCUUUGAUUUUCUCGGCUUAUAUAGACAAUGUUUAUUCUUAAAAUUACUUCGCCAAUGAACUGACUCAUAAGAAGGGUCUUUUUUAAGCACGUUAAAACAUUCGCAUUCGAUCUUUAUUUGAUAUACAAACUCUCGCCUUCGGCUCGAGUUUGUAUAUCAGAUAAAGAUCGGCUGCUCAUGUUUUAACUAGUUUCUUGUUUUGUACGUAUAUAGUAACAUAUUUUGGAAACCAGAAAUGAAAGAUUCUGAAUUGGUAUCACUAAACUCUAAAAUUUAAUCAUUUCGAGCAUUUGAUUUUCUUUGAGUAAUUAGGAAGAAAGCGAGAUUAAACAUGUUGUCACCUCCGGAGUUUUUUAUCAUGCAGUUUGAUUUUACAUAAAUUCAUAUGUAGGCCUAGAACAAUUAUUCCCCAAAUAAUGCGCUGAACAUUGUCGAUAUUCAUGAAUAGCUACAUUGGCGUCUUAGCAUUCGGCGAUAGUUUUUAAGUAUACUGUUUGUAUAUUUGCCGGCUAAUAUAUCUAUGCUUACAAAAACAAACCCGCAUCCGUACGCGUUUUAUUGUUGGUUGUUUGCAGAUAUUAACGAAUGUCCAAGAGGCCCAUGUGGCAAUAAUGCAAAUUGUACAAACAGUCCUGGAUCAUACAUUUGUCUGUGUAACACUGGCUUUCAAAGAAGUGGAUUUAUUUGUAUUGGUGAGUAAUUCAAAUUCAAAAGUUUGAUUAUUGACAGAACACAGACGUGGGGCCGUACGGCCCGUAGGCAGAGGAAGAGUGCAUGGUGCAAUGGCUUGUGUGCUCCUGUCUGGAAAUUCAGACUAGUACUAACAUUAUUUAUAAUUCUUGUGUUUAUAAUAUGAAAUUUAUUUCUACUAUGUUUUAACGUUUUGACUUUUGAGUUGUUCAUAAUUAUUAUGAAUGUUAUAGUCCUAUAUCAAAUGAUAUUUCGUAAUGAUAAUAAUGGUCGACUCCCCAUUCCCCAAAUACAAUGCGGUAAUGAUUUUUUAUGCUCUUGAAUGAAAACGUGACUAAGCUAGCUUCUGUGAGAAAGGAAGACAAUUAUUUUUUCUAAUCGAGUAUGAUUAAUCUUAUAUCAUGACAUUUGAUUGAAAUAACCUAUUUAGCGUGACGUUGGAAUGAUGGGGUGAGAGGGGGUGGUGGUGCAGUGUAUAAGAAAUAAGAAAUGUUUCAUUUCGUUAGAUCAGACGUACUUUAUCACGUUAACGCAUGCCGAAUGAUGAAGUUAACAAAUCAAGAAUGAUUGAAUCGGAAAGCUUAAUUAUGCAUGAGGACAGAAUUACAUACGCCCUAUUUUUAGAAAGUGGGAGAGGACCUGUUUUGAAAAGAAAAUAACAUGAUUACAAUCAGCGAUCGUAACUAUCUAUUUCAUGAUACUCUCAAAUGUUUAUUAGAGAUAUUGAUCCGGAAGUGUAAAGGAAAAUAAAUUAUAAAUCACAGAAAUAAUGUUGUAUUUAAUCAUUUUCAGAUGUUAAUGAAUGUACUGUUAAUGUAACUAGACCUUGCAACUCUCUGGCCAACUGUAUCAAUACAGUUGGUUCUUAUCAAUGUGGUUGUCACGCAGGCUAUUCGGGAGAUGGAUUUCAGUGUGAUGGUAAAUGA